UGGCAUCGCCGUCUCUCGGCCCGUCCCGGCACGUCUGCGCAUGCCCAAGGCCCGCACUCAGGGCCCUGGGAAGCACCGCAUGCAAUCUGGGAAACAUAGUUCGAAGCCUGACUGCUCCGGCUGAGCCUCUUGCGCCCGAGAGGGCCAAUGGGCCACUGGUCGCGCUUCGGUGCAUCUCGGGAAAUGUAGUUUUAGCGCUGCCGGGAGCGCCAUAUGGGGACGGACGGGUGUAUGCGAUCGCCUCGCGAGGGCCAAUGGGAAGCUGCUGUUGCCGCGGUGCUUUCUGGGAAGUGUAGUUUCUGAUGAGGCCGGGAGCGGGGGGUUGUCGGGCGGAAUGUGCGACUCCAAGCGUUGGGCUGGGGGAAGGGGGAACGAGUGAGUUGGCGCAAAGCCUGCCGGGGCAUGGAGUCCCGGUGAGCUUUGUGCGCAUGUGCGAGAAAGUGAGGGGGCUUGGGGGGCCUCGCCUGGAAGAGUGAGCCAAGGAAAUGGAAAUACAGUGUAUAAAAGGUGCUGUUGUACCUUGUCCAAGGACACAUAGCUGGUAGGAGGUAGACGUGGAAUUUGCUCCAGAGCCUUUGGGCUGCUGCCGUCGCACGAAGGCCCCAUGGAGGCCGCGGCCCCGCCGGUGAAGCAGGAGGCCCAGGCCGAGGGCCUGACCCUGGACUCGCCGUGGCACCGUUUCCGCCGCUUCCACCUGGGCGACGCGCCGGGCCCGCGCGAGGCGCUGGGGCUGCUCCGCGCCCUGUGCCGGGACUGGCUGCGGCCCGAGGUGCACACCAAGGAGCAGAUGCUGGAGCUGCUGGUGCUGGAGCAGUUCCUGAACGCGCUGCCCGCGGACACGCAGGCCUGGGUGUGCAGCCGGCGGCCCCAGAGCGGCGAGGAGGCCGUGGCCCUGCUGGAGGAGCGCUGGGGACCAGCGACCUCCCCAGAACAGUCUUCAGCGACGAGGGCACCUCAGGAUAUAGCAGAAGGCUCUGGGGUUGGUGUUGGAAAGGAAGAGAGUGGGAUGAUUCCCCUAGGAGACACAGCCCCUGGGGCUGAGGUGCCAGCGUCGGGGGACUCCCAGGCCGUGCGCCCCUAUAAGCAAGAGCCUGGCAGUCCCCCAUUGGCUCCACUGGCUCCUGGCCUGCCUGCCUUCCUGGCAGCCCCGAGCGGGACCUCCUGCCCAGAGUGCGGCAAGACAUCUCUGAAGCCAGCCCACCUGCUGCGCCACCGGCAGAGCCAUUCUGGCGAGAAGCCACACGCCUGCCCCGAGUGUGGCAAGGCCUUCCGGCGCAAGGAGCACCUGCGGCGCCACCGCGGCACGCACCCCGGCGGCCCCGGGCCUGCCCUGCGCCCACUGCCUGCGCGCGAGAAGCCCCACGCGUGCUGCGAGUGUGGCAAGACCUUCUACUGGCGCGAGCACCUCGUGCGCCAUCGCAAGACGCACUCUGGCGCACGGCCUUUCGCCUGCUGGGAGUGCGGCAAGGGCUUUGGGCGCCGUGAGCACGUGCUGCGCCACCAGCGCAUCCACGGCCGGGCGGCGGCCAGUGCCAGUGUGCAGGCGCCGGCAGCGCCCGGCCCCGAGGGUGGGGGGCCCUUCCCACCCUGGCCCCUGGGAUAGUGGCCUGCACCAGGGGCCACCCCUCCCUCUUCCCUCCAGCGCUUUCUCUGCUCCCGCUCAGCCCCUCCCCUCUUUUCCUCUUGUCUGAGCUUGGCUGCCCUUGCUGCCUCUGGUUCAGUCUGUCCUGUCCCUUGUCUCACCUGCACCCUCCCUGUUCUCCCUUCCUGGUUCCUCCUCUCUCUCCACCCUGUGAAGGGUGCCUCCUUCGGAUGGUCUUCUCCCCCCGCCCCUCGCUCUUUCUAUCUCUCUCUCUCUCAGCCCAGCCUCCCUCUCCCCCUUAGCCCCUCCCUGGAGAGCUGAGAUGGAGGCCCUGGGCCCCAGCACAGAGAAGAGGAACUCAGUGAGGACAGCGGCCUGGGCCCCCUUGAUGAAGGGAGGAUGACAGAUCUUGUCCUGGUGAACCCCUCCCCCAGGGCAGGUGGGGUCAGGGGAGGGGAGGUGCGCUGGUUCUGACGCUGGAGACUGACUGUGAACUCUGGGUUUCCCUGGCCUCCCUGUGACCCAGAGACAUGAGACUGACAGACAUGCCUGCUCGUUGGGGACAACUCACCAGCAUCCAGAGAGUAAUAAAGUCACUGACCCAGUGUGUA